CUGGGGUCCAGGUUCAGACUAAUGCCGGCCGCUUAAACAUUUUCAGGCCAUUUAGAUCACCGCAGCUUCUCGAAGAUAUAAGCUUGGAGUUUUGAGCUCUCUUCUCAUUCAUCGCCUCGCCGUAGUUCCCAAUGGCUUCUUCAGAGAAAGAUGCAGCGCUCUCUGCUGCUGCUCCCACCGCCGACGAUGCUCCCACCAUAUUUGACAAAAUUAUAAAUAAGGAGAUUCCUUCCAAAGUGGUUUAUGAGGAUGCCAAGGCUCUUGCAUUUAGAGAUAUAUCUCCCCAAGCUCCUACGCACAUCAUAAUCAUUCCCAAAGUUAAAGAUGGAUUGACAAGGCUUGCGAAGGCGGAGGAAAGGCAUAUUCAGGUACUUGGCUAUCUGAUGUACAUUGCCAAAGUCAUCGCGAAGCAGGAAGGAUUAGAAGAUGGCUAUAGGGUUGUCAUCAACGACGGCCCCAGUGGAUGCCAAUCUGUGUAUCAUCUUCAUGUUCAUCUGCUUGGAGGGCGACAGAUGAACUGGCCUCCUGGUUAAUGAAUUUUCAUUUGAUUUUGUUUUGUCCAUAGGUAAGACAUCUGUAGUCGAUAAAGCUAUAGGAACUAUCCUUCAGACUUUCUAUGUUCCCUAAGCAUGAACACUAGUGCAAUGUUCUUCAUGAGUGAGCCACCCUUAUCUUCUUUUUUGUGUCUUCUAUGUUUAUUUUUCAUGAAGGAUCUUGUAUUGAAUUAAAUAACAAAUUUGGUUAAGUUAGUUAUUUGUCUAUGACAUUUUGGAUGAAAGCCCUUGUCGUUC